AUGCAGCGAGGCAGGGUAAGGGGCUGCGGGCAGGGGGGCGCGGAGGGGCGCGGGCGGUGCCGGGCGGGAGCGGUGUCCCCGGUGUCCCCGGUGUCCCCGGUGUCCCCAUCCCCGCUGACGGCGCCGUCGUUGCAGGUGCGGGCGGCGCUGGCGGCGCUGCUCUGCGCGGCGCUGCUCCCGCUCCGCCCGGAGGCCGCCAGGGCGCCCAAGCAGCGGCCGGCGCGGACGCGGAGCUGCGGCGAGCGGCCCGAGGAGCUGCUGGAGCAGCUGUACGGGCGGCUGGCGGCGGGAAUGCUCAGCGCCUUCCACCACACCCUGCAGCCCGAGCCGCCCGGCCGCCAGCACAACGCCAGCUGCCCCGCCGGGACACGGCCGCCCGCAGACAAGAGGGUCCGGCUCCCCGUCAACCUGCGCAGCGCAUCGCCCUGGGCAUACAGAAUUUCCUAUGAUCCCAUGAGAUACCCUAAGUACAUUCCUGAGGCCUACUGUCUGUGCAAAGGCUGCCUGAUGGGGAUCUUUGGCGAGGAGAGCUUGCAYUUCCGCAGCACCCCGGUGUACAUGCCCACGGUCAUCCUGCGCCGCACGCCCGCCUGCGCCGGGGGCCGCUACGUCUACACCGAGGAUUACAUCACCAUCCCCGUGGGCUGCACCUGCAUACCUGAGCAGGAGAAGGAGGCAGAGAGUGUAAAUUCCAGCAUAGAUAAGCAAGAAGUGAAGUUGCUGGUGAGCCAGAACAAGCCCUCAUCAGAAUGAAGAAUCUAUUUGGAGUUCUGUUUCAGUACUGGCCUCACAUCAUCAUCUCACCACCUCAGGAAACUGAACUGCAGCAGCAAACACAUUCACUUGCCCUCUUUUUCUGCUUACAGUAAUUUCAGAUAUAAGAYGGAAAGUCCAGUCACCCAGAUCAUUAGAGAUGGCAAUUCAUUCAACUUCUUUAGUUAAUGGAAACUUGUUUAGUUCAUUGUUGCAAACUCCAUAGUAGCCUUUUUYCCCCCUUAGAGCAGAACAUUUUAUCUUUGCUUAUUCACAAUAAAUUUUAGAAGAUGAUGUAACUGUAAGACAUGGUAGCUAUUACUAUAGCAGGCUACUGUUGUAGAUAUUUUUAAUGAAUCUCUUAUACUCUACUAUUAAAUACCCUUAUAUAAAAAUCACAUACCUGCCAUACAUGUGCCGAAUCUGCAGUUAAAAGGAUAACUUCUCAGGCUGGAAGAGCCUUCCUUUAUCCUGCAUAAACUCCAAGCUUUACCUCUGAGAUGUURCCUAAUUUAUACACUACAGCAAGUAAACCUUUGCUGACUUGGAGUCAUUCACUAAGCAAUAUUCUAUUUGCUUGCUAUUUUAAAACUUGCCAAGUUGCUAAGGGUAAAAGGUGCUGAGAAAAACCAUUAAUAUAAUGGUAGAAUAUUGUAAAAAUGCACUGGACUUUCUUGAUGCACACUAAGUCUAAUUACACAGAAAAUAUCAACUAGAAAAAACACAGUUUUYCUGUAUUCGAUUUCAUCCUCAUUGACUGCUUAACUGUUUCUUGUGAUAAAAAAUUUAUUCCAUGCAGUCGAAAAGCCAGAACCUUUUUCAUUUUAGGAGAGGAGAUUCUCCAUUAAAAAAAUAAGUACUAAGGAUACACUUCCCCUCAGGUGCGCUGCAGGCCAGCAAAAAGGCAAGGUCUUAACCUCCAGAUGCUACAAGUGGUCACUAAGUUGAAUCCCAGCCAAUCCAAACUUGUUAAAUCCAACUGACUUUUACAAUUACUGUUACUCAUUUCUCCUGUGCUACAUGUAACAGACGAUCACCUGCAAAUGCUGAUGCACUGUGGACACGCAGCCUUCCAUCUGUGCAAUCUGCUGCUGAUGGAACUUGACCCGCAGGCCCUCACCAGAAACCCUGGAUAUACAAAAACUUAGAUUUCCAGAACAAGAGACUGAAGUUGACUCAGCCUAGUGAAUGAGAAUCAGGAAUGACUAGGCGUGCCUUGCAAAAACAUAAUUCCUCAAAGGGUCACACUCGCCAAAAUGGAUAAACCUCUGAAUUCACAGCAGAAAAUCUCUUUUACAGCUGAAAGAUCAUGACUGCAAUAUCCUUACAGAAUAAACAUCACAUGCAGCAAUGUAUCUGCWACAUAAUGGAUCUCAAAACUGGCCUUAAUUCAUAGCAGAGAAAGCCYCUACACUACACAAAAACACACAUCUUUGCAGUGUCUUUGGAUGAAAAAUGGAAAGAUUAUGAGCUAAUCACAAUUAACUGGUUAAAGAGAGAAUGGAAGUCAUAAGACAACUUCAUGUCUUAGUGCAGAGUUAUUGACUGUGCUCUYUCUGACUCAGUCUAGCAUAACAGUAUUUUUAGAGUGGGAUCUGUGUAACUUCUUACAAAGCCAAAAUAACUUCAAAAACCCCAUAAACAAAUAAAAGAUUCCUAUCACGAUGUCAGAUUGAAGUUUGUAGCUGUGCUCCUUGUACAGAUGCUUAUCCUCAAUUCUCCUUGUCUUUA